AAGAACCUCAAGAUAAUGAACACCUACGUUACUUUGGCUUGCCUGCUGGCCCUCGCGGCCGCCGCGCACGGCUACGGAGGCGUCGGCUUGGGCUACGGCCUCGGCCUUGGCCACGGCUACGGUGUUGCUGCCCCAAUCAUCUCGGCCCCAGUUAUCUCAGCCCCGAUCCUGGCGCCAGCCGCCGUCUCCCACGCUAACCUCGUCAAGGCAGCGCCCAUUCCCGUCAUCAGGACCGCCAUCGCCCCCAUCUCCGUUCCCGUGGUCAGAACCGUCGCCGUGGCCGCUCCCGCUGUGAGCGUAGGCUAUGGACUCGGUGGCUACGGACUCGGCGGCUACGGCCUCAGCGGCUACGGCCUCGGCGGCUACGGACUCGGAAAAGGCUUAGGUUUGGGUCUGGGCUGGGGCAAGCACUAAACAGCAAGCCAAACUUCCCUCUAGGCGAAGUGUAAGAGGCUUUACACCGAAAUUUAUUGCUCUAUAAAUUGGUCGAUCACCUGAUUAAAGCAUUCACGAACCUUA